AUGAUGUCCUCUGCAAGUCUGCUGGAGAAGGUGCCCCAGCCAUGGGCGGCGCUGGUGCGGCCAUUCCUGCAGCGCUCGCACGAGUUUGAAGACAAGGAGCCGCUCGUGGCGUACUACCUGCGCACACACGUUGCCUUCCUGUGCAUGCGGCAGCGGAGCAAGGAAGAUAAGGACGGCACUGCCUUUCUCAUGACCCUGCUAGACGCACUGGAGGCGAGCAAGGCGCGCCUCGGUGCGCAGCUGCAAGGCAUUGAUGGGAGGACGGUGCUCACCAAGUUUGCGCUCAUGCUCUUCGCCCGCGCCGAUGACGCGGAGCGGACCGGGAACGCGUCCAUGGCGAUUGUGCGCCUCUUCUACACCGCAUCCGUGCUGUUCGAGGCGACGGCGCAGUUCACCGACGACGGCGCCAUGGACGCCGUGGCGGCACAGAAAAGCAAGUACGCCAAGUACAUCGCCACCCGCAUGAAGAAGGCACUCGACAAGAAUGAACCGUACGUGAGCCCCAACAAGCUAGAGACCGCGGACGACGAUGCGGCGGGCGGUGUCGGCGGCGUGAAUGGCGCGGGCCCGGCGACGACGUUCACGACGGCGCCGGCGAGCUGCUUCAUGCGGCCGACAUCGCAGCCCACGUCCGUCUCCAACCGGGCGCCAGCGCCAACCACCGCGCACGAAAACUUACCUGCUCUCCCGUAUGCGCCUCCACCGGUGACGCAGAAGCUUGACACGCCGCCGCCGCCACCGCACACACCGGACGCCGACACUCAGGGACGAAGCAAGACACCAGUGCACCCGUCCCCCAUGAAGAACACGUACGCGCCACCGCAGCCUCAGCACACAUCACAGCAGCAGCAGUGGCUCUCCACCAGCUCGGCAGUGCCGAGCCUCCCGCCGACGCCAUCCUCCGCACAGCAGCGGUACGCGGCUCCGUCGAGCGCCGGCGGCGGCGUCGGUGCGACCGGUUUCAAGCCCUCCGUGGACCAGAUGAUCGACGCCCAGAAGUUGGCCAGCCAAGCAGUGAGUGCACUGCAGUUCUAUGAUUACGAAAAUGCGAAGCAGCAACUCGUGGCGUCGCUGCGGGUGCUGAACGGGGUUCAGUGA